AUGGGUAUCUCUCGUGACUCGCGUCACAAGCGCAGCGCCUCUGGUGCCAAGCGCGCAUACUAUCGCAAGAAGAGAGCUUUCGAGAAGGGCCGCCAGCCCGCCAACACCCGUAUCGGUGCCAAGCGCGUCCACCUCGUCCGCACCCGUGGCGGCAACCGCAAGUUCCGCGCCCUGCGUCUCGACUCCGGCAACUUCUCCUGGGGCAGCGAGGGCAUCACCCGCAAGGUCCGCGUGAUCGUUGUCGCCUACCACCCUUCGAACAACGAGUUGGUCCGAACCAACACCCUCACCAAGGCCGCCAUCGUCCAGAUCGACGCCACCCCAUUCCGUCAAUGGUACGAGGCACACUACGGCUCAUCCCUCGGCCGUAGACGCCAGCAGAAGACCGAGACUGCGGAGGACGUGAAGAAGAGCAAGAGCGUCGAGAAGAAGCAGGCAGAGCGCACCAAGGCCACCGGCAAGGUCGAGUCAGCCCUCGAGCGCCAGUUCGAGGCCGGUCGUCUCUAUGCCGUCGUCGCCAGCCGACCUGGCCAGAGCGGCCGUGUCGACGGCUACGUCUUGGAGGGCGAGGAGCUUGCUUUCUACCAGCGUGCUAUCAGAAAGUAG